ACCAAGUAAGAUGCAGCACCGCCGUUACAAAAGAUUUGAAGAAAUAGACCGUGAUGCAGAAGAGGUUUCCACGGUGGAGGGAGGAGAGGCUCGCUAAACUGAUGCACCUUUAAACCGUGCUGUGACGUCAGAUAUUUUGACAGGGGGCAGGCAGCGGGAGAAGAAGAAGAAGAAGAGGAGGAGGAGGAGAGCGGAUGUACCAAGCGGGGGCCAAAGGAUGCCCAGGAUAAUGUCAUCGGUGUGUCCUCCUUCCCACCUAUCCGCAUCAUGAUAAACGCCGCAGGAGCGGUCGCCCGCAGGAUACCGUCGGCGGCGCGGCGGAGCGGGUGCUGGAUAGCGUGGUGCCAGGCGGUCCUGCUCGCCGUGUCGGGGCUGGUUAUUGUGGCCGAGCGGAGCGCUCUGAUCUACUGUAUAGGGUUUUACCUUUGGAAUGAGGAGACACAGUGGGCAGGCCUCACACUUGGCCUCUUUCUACCGGGGACAGCAGUUCAGCUGCUAAGUGUGAAGUGGUACUAUGAUGAUGGUGAUGACAGGCGAUGCUACCUCUCUGUUAUACACAUCCUGCACUUGGGCAUCUUCAAAAGGUUGUGGGACUGCAUGAGGUCUGUGCUGCGCAUGCAGGGCUCAGUGGCUGAUCUGGGAGCUGCUGUUAUGCAGCAGGCAGAUGUUGCUGCCCUUUGGCUGCUGGAAGCCCUUGUCCUCACGCUGCCUCAGAGCCUGCUGCAGGCGUACAUCGUGGUGUCUACUGAUGUGGGCAUCGCAUCACCAGUGGCGUAUUGCUGUGGCUUGUGUGUGCUGUCUAUUGCGUGGGCCCUGGUGCUGUACAGCCGAGCCUGCUGUCUGAUAAGACCAGGCCACCUGGCCAUGCCUCCAGCAGCCCUGCUGUGCCAGCUGGUGUGGAGGGCAUGCAUGCUGGGUGCCAGGGUGACCUGCCUCACAUUCUUUGCCAGGGUUUUUAAUUGGUGGGUUUGUGGAGUAGCAGGUUUUCACUGGCUCACGGCCUCCUUUUGGCUGGUAUCACAGCAACCAGACAUCUGCACCGGCCCCUGGUGUUGGCGUGCUUUUAAUGGCGUCAUGGGGCUCAUCCACGUCUUCCUCUUCCUCAACAUCAAAGAUGGACCCUCGCGCUUCCGCAUGGCCAGUUUUUAUGCAUUCAUGCUUGUAGAGAACGCCACUCUGCUGCUGGCCGCCUCUGACUUCCUGAGCGAAGCAUCAUGGGACAGCAUGACCCUUCCCACCACUGUGCUGUGUGGCUUUCUCCUCGGUGCUACCUCUCUUGUCCUAUACUACCGGUUCCUGCACCCCAAGUCCACAGAGAUCUCCCAGGGAACAAACCACAACCACAUGGGCAGUACAUGCAUAGAACAAGGGGAGUCCUCCUUCUCUCUUGGGGACAAAAGUUUGCCAUCUCAUUCUAUUCAAAACCAUGGCAGCUUCUCCCUCUCAGGUGUUGCUGGUUCUCUGCUGGAGCAUCCAGGGAACUGCGGGGGCAGGCCUAACAGCUCCUGUCCGUGUUACCAUCACCACUGGCUCUUGAUCCGCCUUGCUCUGAAAACAGGAGAUCUUGGUAAAAUCAACAGGGCGUAUGGGGCUGGGGGAGCAGCGGCCGUACUAGACAUAGAGGAGUACAACCAAGAAUUUAAAAGUAACGAGGGCAUCACAAUUACAGCUGGAGGAAGCUGUGAGGGUGUCUCCACCUCCGAGUCUCAGGGGAAAGGUCUGGCACCCCUCUCGGACUGUAAAGACGAGUUCCAGAGCGUAAGCGAACCCACGUCGACUGAACAACCGGAAGAAGACGACAGUCUGGAGAUGGAGAGCCCGAUGGAGUCGCCCACAUCGGAUUUCAAACGCAGCUCACCAGAGGGUAAAUCAAUGUUUGGAGACAGCCCAGAGCCCUAUUUCUGCCCUACAGAAUCAAGUUCAACCUUAUACUUCAGCGCCGAUCCCCAAUCUCCAAGCAGCGCCAGUAACCCCCGUUUGGACCGGGACCUUGGGGCUCUGGAGCAAGGCGUUCGCCUCAACUCAAUCCCUAGUGAUCCAGCCCUUCACAGAGAUGUCCGUGGACUCAUGGGCCGGGUUGGACCACGAUGUAUUUCCACCCCUAAAUUGGACUCAGGGGUGUUAGACUCCCCUUCCAGUGUCCCUCAUCUUAAAGGUCCAAGAAAGCAGCUCAUAUUAUCCCGAAGGGAUGAGGAUGAAAACUUUUAGCUUACAUGUGACAGAAUCAGGGAAGAAGUAAAAACGUAUCCAACAUUAAAGGAGUACACCAGCUUUUAAAGGGAGUGCUUUUUCAGCAGUCCAGCAUUGUAGAAUUAGAAAGCUGGCAGUAAUUUCUCCUUUUAUGUAUACACAUAUAUUUAGUACACUGUGGGGCGUAUGCAACAAUUGUGGAGUAAUCCUCUCAAAGCAUAAACGAUUUUUCUACAAAAGCAUUCCUUUGCCCAAAAGCCGGACACAGAGUAAAGCCUUCAGUAGAGCUCAUUUACCACAAAGGUUGUGUGUAGAGCUCAGACACACCUUCUGCCUGAUGUUCAGCUGGCAUUUUCAUUCUUUUGGUCACAGUGAACUUAAGCCUCAAGAAUAAUAACAAUUAUACUGUGCAACAAAAUGAACACCGGUCGGUCAAGACCGAAACUACGUAAUAAGGAAGUAGGCAUUAGUUGUAUCAAUAAACAUCAUCAAGUACGCAGAUGCUUCAUGAUCUUAAAAAGGGGGAUGAUCUCUUUAAUACGCACUAAAACUGCUGUUACUCAUGUCAGUUGCCAGCAGCUAUGAAAAUAGAGAAACUAAUCCUGUAUCUUUCAAUGGCCGGAGUGUCUGACCUCUGAAUCAUAACCAUCUCACUAUAAGCCAGAGCCUUUUGGCUUCCUAAAAGCACAAAUAUCUUCUGUAUCAUAUGUCUGUUGCUGUGAUGCUGUGAUUUUUUUUUCUUCUUCUUCUUCUUUUUUUAUCAAAAAAACAAAACAAAAAACUGACACUUUGACUCUCAGAUAGGUUAUCUUUUGUAUGAUGUUAACAGGCAUCGCUUUGAGCAGGGCUGGUGUGUGGGCCUAGGGAAACUGUUUGAUGUGUUGAUUUACAUGUUGACCAUGUAAUUGCGGAAUUGUUUUUGCAAUUUACGUUUUGUUGGAAAUGAAACAAUGUCUCAGGCACUAACGUCUCAAAGCUUUCAUAUGUUCUGCAACAAAGUGAAAAGAUGCUUAUGAGAUAUUUGUGGUGAUUUUUUUUUUUUUUUUUUGUAUGUGCUCUUGAUUACUAUUGGCAGGGGCCAAAUGUACUUUGCCCCUUAUUGUGUUCUGUAACAGGAUUAAAGUCCACUAACAAAGCAGUGAAAUUAUGCUGGGUUUUCUCUCAUGCCCAGCUGACUGCCUAUAUGACAUUUUGAACUGUGAAGUGUAAAGCCACUGGUGGCUCUGAAUAAGCAAUAAAUACAAUACACGUUUAGGUGAGU